GGGCAGGCGCGGCGCGAGGGGCGGAGCCGCGGCCCGUAGCGAGGCUGGCGAGCACCGUUAGCCCGGCUGGCGGGCGGCGUCGGCCCGGCCGCCGUCAGGCCUCGCCGCUGCCCGGGGACAGACUCCCCGGCGGCUGACAGCCGCGGAGGCGGGACGACGGAGGACCGUCAGCCAGCAAUCGUGUAGCUCGGUCACCCAGGAAGAGAAAUUGUAAGCAGAUAAGAAGAACGCGUUCGUUUUGGGACACCAUUUGCAGCUGGAGAUGGGGAAUGGACUGUCAGACCAGACUUCCAUCCUGUCCAGCCUGCCGUCCUUUCAGUCCUUUCACAUUGUUAUUCUGGGUUUGGACUGUGCUGGAAAGACGACAGUUUUAUACAGGCUGCAGUUCAACGAAUUUGUAAAUACCGUACCUACCAAAGGAUUUAACACUGAGAAAAUUAAGGUAACCUUGGGCAAUUCCAAAACAGUCACUUUUCACUUCUGGGAUGUAGGUGGUCAAGAGAAAUUAAGACCACUGUGGAAGUCAUAUACCCGAUGCACAGAUGGCAUCGUGUUUGUGGUGGACUCGGUCGAUGUUGAGAGAAUGGAAGAAGCCAAAACUGAACUUCAUAAAAUAACUAGGAUAUCAGAAAAUCAGGGAGUCCCUGUGCUUAUAGUUGCUAACAAACAAGACCUGAGGAACUCACUGUCUCUCUCAGAGAUUGAGAAGUUGUUAGCAAUGGGUGAACUGAGCUCAUCGACUCCUUGGCAUUUGCAGCCCACCUGUGCAAUCAUAGGAGAUGGGCUGAAGGAAGGACUUGAAAAACUACAUGAUAUGAUAAUUAAAAGGAGAAAAAUGUUGCGGCAACAGAAAAAGAAGAGAUGAAUGGCAGUACCUUUUAUAUCGGUGUGGAAUAGGUUUUCCUUGGUCUGAUUUCUGACAAGCUGAAGAGUGUCUACAGCCUGGUUUGCCUGUCUGCCCUCAUGGAUGCUAUUAAAGCUUUGUUUUGUUGAACAGUCAGAUACCCAACUCUGUUGCCUUGUGGAAGAUGAGUAAAUGCAAUGCUUCUUAAAGUGGUCUCUUCUCCUUGACCCACAAAUCUUUUGGUACUACCAUUUUGGGAAGCCCAAAAAGGCUAGUAAUUGACCAGAAAACAAUUUUGUGGAAAUUUGACCUGAAGUUAGUGAAAUAAAACUUUGAAGAGUGUA